GUCUCCUGUCUAGGAAGGUGCUGGCACUUAGUGUGUUAUUAUAAUGCUAAUUAUUUGCAAAAUUCCAUUUCUUUUGGAAGCACACAUUUGAAAAACUGCUGUUGAAUGUUCAUAGAUUAUGUCUCUUUCUUCGUGCCUUGCCUGCAUAUAAGCAGCCUUCUUUGUUAGUCCAGACUUAAGUCUGAACUCUGAAGUUAGAACUUCACAUCUCUCCCUGCUUCCCCUCCCCUCCCUGCUCUCUCUUGUGUUCUACUUCUGAACCAGGAUACAGUUUAAAGAAACUCAAAUUAGUCCUUUGUUAUACCUGGCUGGUUUUGUGGUGAAUCUUUAGAGAGAUCAUGUAUGUGCCCUACGCAUUUGAUCAGUGUUACCAAGUCAAAUCAGUUAGCAUAUCACAUGGGGUCAAUAUGAUUGUUUCUUCCCCAUUCUCCAUCUGAUGGAUCUACACAUGAAACUUCUCCUGGCCUCCCUGAGUGUUGUACUUCUGAUCCAAGUAGCAUACUGUGAUGGCACUGCAGAGGGAACUGGAUCGACAAGCUGGACAUGCGUAUGCACAGCUCAUCCACUAGGUGAAACAAACUCCAAUAGCAGCCUGUCGUCGAAUUGUUCAUCUUCCUGCCAUUGCCUACAAGCAGAUGAUGAUGGUGGCACAGGAUCAUGGAACUGCACAUGUGCCUCCGACAAAGCCCUUCGAAAAGAACACGCAGCGAUACAUGAUGGGAGUUGCUUCACUUCCUGUAACUGCACAUCCGGAAUUUCUCAGGAAGGAAAGAAGCAUGUCUCAAACAAAACAGUGAUAAUCACACUGCUAGUGUGUGUGAUCCUCACUACCAUUGCUUUCCUUGGCACCACGGUUUACUACCUGCGUCGCAAGGAUGCGCUAUCUCCACAUUCACAUGCUUACUCCUUUGAUAAGUACACCAGCUGGAGCAGCAGAUCAAACCUCGUCAGUCAUCGAUCUUCUCCUCUUCCCCAAACAAAGCCAAAACCAAAGAUCAGUGUCCUUAAGGAGUUUCUGUGCAGCUGCAACCCGAUAUGUGGCACUGAAGGUGGCCCGCUUCCCGGUGUCAUCGUGAGGUUCUCCUAUUCAGAGCUGGAGCAAGCAACAGGCAAAUUUUCAGACGAACACCUGAUCGGAGUUGGUGGAACGAGCAAGGUGUACCGUGGCCAGCUCAGCGACGCCAAAGUCAUCGCCGUGAAGAAGCUCAGGCCUCUGGGAGGCGCAGACGAAGACUUCGAGUUCCUAUCCGAGGUGGAGCUGCUGUCUCGGCUGAACCACUGCCAUGUGGUGCCAUUGCUGGGGUACUGCAUGGAGAGCCAGGGGAGGCAGCUGGAGCGGCUGCUGGUGUUCGAAUUUAUGGCCAACGGCAACCUGCGUGACUGCCUCGACCUCAAGCAGGGGAGGAAGCCCAUGGACUGGGCGACGCGCGUCGGCGUCGCGCUCGGCGCCGCGAGGGGCCUCGAGUACCUGCACGAGGCGGCGGCGCCGCGGAUCCUCCACCGCGACAUCAAGUCCACCAACAUCCUGCUCGACGACAAGUUCAGAGCCAAGAUCACUGACCUUGGCAUGGCCAAGUGCCUGAUGAACGACGGCGUGACGAGCUGCUCGAGCUCGCCGGCGCGAAUGCUGGGGACGUUCGGGUACUUCGCGCCGGAGUACGCCAUCGUGGGCAAGGCGUCGCUCAAGUCGGACGUGUUCAGCUUCGGCGUGGUCAUCCUGGAGCUCAUCACGGGGCGGCAGCCGAUCCACCACCACCGGCCGUCGGCGGCGUCGGGGGAGAGCCUCGUCCUGUGGGCGGCGCCCCGGCUGCGCGACAGCCGGCUGGUGGUGGCGGAGCUGCCGGACCCGGCGCUGCAGGGGCGGUUCCCGCAUGAGGAGAUGCAGAUCAUGGCGCACCUGGCGCGGGAGUGCCUGCAGUGGGAGCCCGAGGCGAGGCCGACCAUGAGCGAGGUCGUCCAGAUCCUCUCCACCAUCGCGCCGGCCCGCAAGCCCGCCGGCGCCGCCACCUUGGUCACCCGAAUCGGGAGAAGCAGUGGCGCCGGCGCCGGCGCCGGCGACGCAAUGCAUGUGCAUACGCAACACACUAGGUUAGCCGUCAGGUGUAGUGUCAACGGCGAUGGGCGAGGGAGCUGGCGGUCGCCGGAGGUGGAGGAGGAGGAGGAGGAGACGGUGGACUUGACGGAGCCGCGGCUGGAGCCGGCCAUCUUCAAUUAGCUAGCAAAGCUUAUUAUUAGGCUACGAUAUGUAAUGCUGUACAGACAAAAUUAACGAAAUUAAUCCACACCAAACGCUCUUAACAAUCUAAGUUGAUAGUAUCAUUUUAUUUUUAACAAAUUUCGAAAAAUUCACAUGUUUAGGCCUAGCUUAAUGUUACUCGGUCACACUGAUUUCAUUGAAAUUGUAGUAUUUAAGCCAGCAGAUAAUAUUGAAAUUGCAGGUGUUAAACAAUCCAAAAAAUGCAAUC